UGCCAUGCGCACAUCUGUCCGGUGGCGCGCCAAAACGAAUUCGAAUUUCAAACAAUUUAUCGAUUGCCAGUUCUAAAAUCGAUGUUUUACAGUGUUUAGUGCUAGUUCUGUGCUUGUGUUGCAAAUAGCGAGUGUGUCCCCUCAAACAGGUUUGCAAUAUUGAUUUUACGGGCUAAAGUGUGUCAAGAUUUCUAGUACCGGUGAUGAGUGGAGCGUACGUUUCUUGUGUUUCGGAGAAGUGAUGGUGUCGCGAUGCCGGAUUGGCGCUACAACGUGCUGUCGACGAGCGAGGCGUACAUCAACGUGGACGGGGAGCUGCCCCAGAACCCCUUCGCGGCGAGCUACCCCCGCCGAGCUGAUCGCUCGCGACCUCUACAUACCUGCCCCUAUACCACUAUCUUCCUGGGAACGCGCCCGAAUGCUCCCUACAGAGCAACCCAGCUCCAGAGCGAAAAUGGAGAUCCAUAUGCGGACGUGUACUCCGUGGACCACUCCUCAAACUUGACGGAUACCUCCAGCUUUGCCUGCUACGAGGAUUGCCGCGCGCAAUUCGACAAUACUCUCAUACUGAGAAAGGACUCGUCUCUUUCUCACGAGGAUGAAAAUUCAUCGCUGCAGCUACAAAAAGCUUCGGGGGUGUUCUACGUGUCGACUAAGACAGAACCCUUACACGGCGAAGUGCAAGGGAACAAUUUGUUGCCAGUCGAAGGAUCCGAAUCCGACGCCCUAUCGUCCUGUACCUGCGACAGUUUCGAGCGAUGCGAAUUCGAUUGUAGGGAAUUCGAGCCGUUUUCGGACACGUGCUGCUGUGAUCCCUUAAGCGAUGGAGUCUGCAGCCGGAGUCCCAAAAAUGUGGAGUCCCCCGAAAACUUCUGCGAUCGAAUCGCCGUCGAGGAGGAUCAGAUAUCCGCUCGCAGCGAUAUGGACGGCUUAGAUUUGGCCCUGUUUGAGCCUGCACGUAUCGACAGCGAACUUCAGGAAUCCAGUGCUAACUCGGCAGUGGCGACGACCCUGUGCGGGGUGCUGCACGUGCUCCCGGAGGCUACUAAUGAGGCAGUAGCGAGCGCCGCGGGUUCCGUGCCGCCGACAUGGGAGCCGUUUUACUGCGUCCUGCAGCAGGACCGCCGCACACUCACAGCCUACACCAGCGAGGAGCUUGCUGCUCCGAACAACAAUGGUGAAUACGCGACACGCAGUUUACCCCGAGUGAGGAUAGAUGGCGCUAGUAAUAUCGGCAACGGAGGAGUCCGGUUACGAUGCUGGGCUGCUCCACCCUCCAUCACGGAAGAAGAGGCCGAGGACGAUAUUGAAGAGGAUGCAGUAUCGUUACGAGCAAUACCAUCGUGCCAAGACACGUCGUACGAGAAGGCAUGUCGUCGCGGCUCGGCGCCGAGUACGCCGGUGCCGGGCGCUCCACAGCACAGCCCGUCGCGGCUCGCCUCCUUCUUCUUCUCCAAGCGGUCGUUCCGGAACAACCCGCUGAAAAGAACGAAGUCGGCCACCAAGCUGGAGAGAGACAGGAUACUGACAGCAGUGCCCACACACCCCGCCACACACGCGUUAAGAACUUCCAGAUCUCAUGAAAGUCUACUGUCAGCGCACUCCCCCGCGGUAUCCACCAUGGACCUCGGCCCACCUAAUCAAGUAGAGAUCCGCGCUCUGCACUCCUCUGUUCUGGGGCGGCCGCACUGCUUCGCGCUCAGUGCGGAAAACCGAGCACCCCGGUAUUUCGCCUGCGCCUCCAGAAAGGAACGAGAUAGAUGGAUUUACAGUUUACGUCAGGCGGCGCGCCCGGACGAGAUGCGCACGCGGCGCUGCGAGCGCACCGUCAAGCUAUGGCUGCUGGAGGCCAAGGCGAUACCGCCCAAGAAGCGAUACUACUGCGAGAUACUGCUCGAUGACACCUUGUAUGCGAGGUCGUCGACAAAGCUGAAGACGGAGCUGUGUUUCUGGGGCGAGGUAUACGAGUUCAGCAACCUGCCGGCCGUGCGCGCCAUACACGUCAACGUGUACCGCGAGCCCGAGCGCCGCGGACGCAAGCGGGACAAGCACGCGCUCGUUGGUUCAGUUCGCAUCCCAGUCGACGACGUAUCCUCCCGCUACCUCAACGAACGGUGGUACGCCGUGAGCGAGGACAAGCCGCAGUCGCCCGCGCGCGCCGCACCCGCCCUCCGCAUCAAAUGCCGCUACCAGUGCGUCGACGUACUACCGAUAGAUGCGUACGCCCGCUUCCUGGACUAUCUCAAGAGGAAUUAUAGGAAGUUGUGCGAAUAUUUGGAGCCCGUAAUAGGUGUGAAAGCCAAGGAGGACAUAGGCUGCGCGCUCGUGCUGUGUAUGGCGGGGGCGGGGCUCGCGCCGCGCUACCUGGCGGACGUGGUCGCGCUCGACGUGCGCCGCACCGGCGACCACUCCCUCACCUUCCGCGGCAACUCGCUCGCUACCAAGAGCAUGGAGGCCUACCUCAAGCUGGUCGGCGAUCAGUACCUGCAGGACACGCUGGGCGAGGCGGUCGCGAUGGCAGCAGGUCCGGGCGCGGCGGAGUGCGAGGUGGACCCGCUACGCGCGGGCGGCGGCGCGGCGCUGCGGCGACAGCAGGCGGCGCUGCGCGAUGCUGUGACGCUAGCGUGGCGCGCCAUUGCUGCAUCCGCGCAUAGAUUCCCGCAACCGCUGAGGGAUUGCUUCGCUACUUUUAGAGAAAGACUAACGGCGAUGGGUCGGGAAGACAUUUCCGACAAUCUGAUCAGCGCAUCAAUAUUCCUUCGUUUCCUUUGUCCGGCUAUACUCUCACCGAGUCUAUUUGGAAUUAUUCAUGAAUACCCCAAUGAGCGAGCGGCGCGCAACUUGACACUAGUGGCGAAGACGCUGCAGACUCUCGCCAACUUCACGCGGUUCCAGGGGAAGGAGGCCUUCAUGGAGUUCCUCAACGACUUCCUCGAACAAGAGGCACCCAAUAUGAAGGCCUUCUUGAGAGCUAUAUCGACAAGACCACACGAGCAGCAAAAUCAACAGCAACAAAACCAACAACAACAGCAUCACCAGCAGCAACAGCAGCAACACCAGCAGCAACAACAGCAGCAUCAACAACAGCAACAGGACAGCAAGCGCAAUUCGUCAACAUCACAGGGGUCACAUGCGUCCGAAGGUUCUCGAAGCGAGCCGGUCGAAGCUGACCCAGAGUGGGCGCCGCACGUGGACCUGGGCAAACAGCUGGCGACGCUGCACAACCUGCUGGUUGACAGUCUACCUAAACUGGCUGUGGGGAGGAUGAUGGAGUUAGAUCCAUUGAUGGAAAUAUUGGAUGAACUGACCAAGAAGCUAGAAUCUACCAAUGAAACCGGACCUCCUACGCAGAUUGGUGACAACAUAUUCAGGUUUAACGAUCCAACUUGCAGCACUCCAAACAAACCAAACGAAGUACAACCGACCCAGACCAAUAACUUCGCGCACAGCUCACCCAUCAUGAACAAAAAUGGCGUCCAGUUCAACGUCAGCCCCUCCAAGUCCAACGCGGAGGAAUCCAAGUUCAAAAACUCCUACGUCACAGUCUCGAAGUCGCCGAGUUUCAACCUAAGGUCUGCGACGCUACCACGAAACGGCUACGGCUCGAAUGCCGUCAACCAGAACGUCAACCCCGACAGAUACAGCUCGCAGUACAACAACCAGGAGCACUGCGUCAAUCUGAAGGUCGUCCAAAUCGGGUUCGGCUCCGACCAGUACCCCAAAGGCAUCAGCAACGGCCUGAACGAGAGCCUCGAGAGGAGGUUCCAGGAGAGAUACAAGCCCAACAACUACCAGCAGCACCACAACUCCAACUACAACGGCACUGAGCGGUCCCCCAGCAGCGACAGCAUCAACCACAACUACUGCUCCAACGAGAUGCAGAACAUCAUCAAGGAAACCGCUAACCUGGAGGAGCUCUCGGACUUGCUCAAGUACGCUGACGACUCCGACAUAGUGGACGAGAAACUCAUGAACAAGAAGAACAUGUCGCAACCGAAAUCGAUAAACAAUAACAUCGUCAACGGAAACAAAAACUACACGAACAACGGCUCGAACGUGUCCAUCAGCGGCCUCUCCAACGUCGCCAGCUCCGGAUACCAGAGCAUAGCCACCUACAGCCAGAGCUCCAGCCCCAUCGAGAACACCGCCCCCCACCACCAGCCCUACGAGAACGGCGGGCAGCCCAUGAGCCGGUACUCGCAGCUCAACUACCAGAAGCAGAGGGACAAGCAGUACUACGACAGCAAGAACGAGAAAUUCUACCCGAAGAGUCCCGUGCAGCAGAAGAUCGAAUACGACAUCCAGAAGUACGGCAUCCAGAACUUCACGACGGCCGACAACGCGCAGAGCAACACCAACAGUGGCGCCAAGGUCGCGCCGCUCGUGUUCACCAACCCCGUGUACAACAUGGACGACAACCGGCAGGCGCAGGACAAGAAGAACGAGAAUAGAAACUCCAAGCGAUGUCCCUGUGGCUCGUCCAGUUCAUCGAUCGAUGAGGAGGGCUUGAGCACCGACAACGUGGAGACCAACUCCGAGGAGGGGUCGACCAACUUCAACGACGAUAGGAGCUUCGAACAGAACCGCAACAAUCCCCACCGAAAACUCACCCGCGACAAUUGCAACUACGAGGACGCGUACCAGCGGGGUUCCCCGCGAGUCCGCGACGACGAGUCCUCCAGCAACUCGCCGAGCCUCCGGAAGAGCAAGACGCGAAUGCCGCGAACGAACCCCAUGCUCUCGUACUCGACCAACCCGACCCAGCUCAACCUCAAGCACUUCGGCCAGCGCGGCGACUCGCUGUACGAGAGCAAGCCGCACCACAUCUCCACCGACUCCGGCUACCCGAUGAGCCGGUCCGAGUCCAACGUCGAGGAGGUCAACAAGGAGAUGUACCGGCUGCAGAUAUCACGGAGCCAGAAGGCGCUGUUCAACAUGGAGAACGCGCGGAAUGCCAACGACAAGUUCGCGACCGAUUCCAUUCCCGAGACGAAUUAUCCGCUGGAGAGGAACUACUCGGGCGCGAAGGUGUCGAGCAGCCGGCUGAACGAGGAUCUGGAGAGGCACCAGGACUACUAUCGGGAGAGGCGGGAGUCGCCGUCGGGGGUGUUCGGGCGGGAGUCGAGCGAGAGUGAGAGGGCGCAGGUUCGGAGCGAGCGAGAGGUGCCGGCGCGGGACAAGCUGCAGCGGCGGCUGAGCCUGGAGUCGGCGCGCGAACUCACCGACAGCUCGGACGAGCUGGACGACACGCUGUACAGCACCACCGGCCGCCGCCGGACCAAGCACCACCGAACUAUCGAACAGUACGAGCGCGAGAUAGAGCGGCUGAAGUGUUCUGUGGAGCUGUUGCGGGGGCGGCUGGGGCCCGCCGAGCCCGGACAGGACCACACUGACGCCAAGAUGAAGGCUAUUAUAUCUAGGUUAAUCUGUGUCGAGGAAGAACUCAGACGGGAGCAGCGCAAGAUGGCGGCGGCGCUGUCACACAAGCAGCGCGUGAUCGAGGCGCAGGAGCACCGCAUCGCCGCGCUCGACGAGGCCAACACGCGCCUGCUGUCCGCCCUCGUGCACCUGCAGCAGCGCGCGCCCGCACACAACACACACAACACACAACACUCCCCGCACUCACAACACUCGCAGGAGCUGCAGAUUUAGGUGUUUACUCUCGUACCCCCUUAAUAAAGGUGGGACUGUGUGCAAAACUACGCUACAGCAAAACGUCGCCUAAUAUUGAAUGAAGUGAGACAGUAAGCGACAUUACGCUGCAAAGAGUUGCCUUAUAUAUGCGUAUGAAAUCAUAUAAACUAAACUGCACAACGCGGCAGUUACGCGACACAAAACGUCAGUUUGUAACAUAAAGUAUCGCAUCGCUCCGCUGCAGCGUAGUCUAUUGCGGUCUCGCCUUGACACCACGCUUACAGAAAUAUGACUGCGUCUACGUUUGUAGCAUUUCGGUGUACCGUAUCAGAAAAAGCCAGUUACACAGUCGUGUAAGCGUGGGGUUAUUAUUUAAAGGGGAAAAUGUCUGUAGAUUGAAAUCUAUGAUACGCUCUGUUUUUAAAGGUUAAGUAUCUGGAAGCUGUUUGGACUUUUUAGAUGUUAGCGUCAUCUGGUGUCAAAAACCUGAUUUGAAUACCUUUUCUGCCAUGAGAGGGCGCUAAGUUAAAGAUAAGUUUAAAUGGCUGUCAGCAACUUAACCUAAAAAUUAAAAGAAGCUAACCUAUGUUACGAGGAGUAAGCACCUAUUUCGUAAUAUUAUACUGCCAGUUAUUCUAUAAAGGCAAAGUGUGAUUUAACUUUCUCUCAAAUUUUUCUGGGCAUUACACUUUUAAACAGAUUAUAAUCUCUUUUAAAUGGUAGAUUCUUGAAUCAAAUGUUAGACUGACAUAGUACUAAAAUGACUGUAACAAUGAUAGAUGUAGUUAGGAGGUACGCGCCAAGUAAUUUAAACUGCGCGAAGUUAGUCGCGAGUUGUCUUCUAGAGACACAUUGCUAACUUCAGUCUGCAAAAUUUUACUUGUACAAAAUUUGAUUCAAGAUGAAUUUAAAUUAGAACUUUGUAUUUUAAACUGUCUUCGAUAUUUGAAUAUUUCUCAACUAUUUUAAUCUUUUAAAACUACCCGCACAAAUUAUUUUAAUUCGUAUAAAUUAGUACUACAGUUUAAUAUAUUUAAAUUAUAAUGAUGUUAUAGUUAUAUUUAUGUUUAUCACAACUUUGCCAUUUUAUACUUUUGUUGAAGUUGUUUUAGUUUUAAUACGAAUAUGCUUUAAUUAACAUUUCUUUCUACAUCAGUAUUCUGUGUAAUCCGGUACAUGAGUGAAUUUUCUGUAACAAUUAUGAUACCAAAGACUUUGAAUCCGUAGGCUUUAGAGGUGGAGAACUCCGCUCUAGUGAUGUAUGCAAAGUGUUAAAUAGAUGUAGUAGUAAGAUUUUGUAUAUUUGCGGCACCGGUCGUAGUGGAGAGAGAAAUAUUUUAAUACCUGCGAGUAUUAGGUACGUGUGGAGUAACGUUAGCGCAUUUUGGAAAUGCUUGGAACAAAUCAUGUCUUCUAUUGAAUAAUUUUAUCCACGCAUACAACCUAGUUGUUUUACAGUUGACAUUUAAUUUUAAGUAACAUUUUUGUGUAAAAUACCUGAGGGUAUAUUAUUAUAAUAUACUUAUCACAUUAAAUUAUGGAAUACUUAAAA